AUGGAGCAGUCAGUGCUUGUACCACCAGGACCUGACAGCUUCCACUACUUCACUAGAGAGUCUCUUGCAGCUAUUGAACAACGCAUUGCUGCAGAAAAGGCUAAGUAUUCCAAACAAGACCGUAAAGAUAAUGAUGAAAAUGGCCCAAAACCAAAUAGUGACUUGGAGGCAGGAAAGUCACUUCCAUUUAUUUAUGGUGACAUACCUCCAGGAAUGGUGUCCGAGCCCUUGGAGGAUCUGGACCCAUAUUACAUCAAUAAAAAAACUUUUAUAGUAUUGAAUAGAGGGAAGGCAAUCUUCCGAUUCAGUGCCACCUCUGCCCUGUACAUUUUAACUCCUUUCAAUCCUCUUCGAAAAAUAGCUAUUAAAAUUUUGGUACAUUCAUUGUUCAGCAUGCUUAUUAUGUGCACUAUUUUGACCAACUGUGUGUUUAUGACCAUGAGUAACCCUCCGGAAUGGACAAAGAAUGUAGAGUAUACCUUCACUGGAAUAUAUACAUUUGAAUCACUUAUAAAAAUUUUUGCAAGGGGCUUCUGUUUAGAAGAUUUUUCUUUCCUUCGAGACCCAUGGAACUGGCUUGAUUUCACUGUCAUUACAUUUGCAUAUGUGACAGAGUUUGUGGACCUGGGCAAUGUCUCAGCGUUGAGAACAUUCAGAGUUCUCCGAGCAUUGAAAACAAUAUCAGUCAUUCCAGGCUUGAAGACUAUUGUGGGAGCCCUAAUUCAGUCUGUGAAGAAGCUCUCAGAUGUCAUGAUUCUGACUGUGUUUUGCCUGAGUGUAUUUGCACUAAUAGGGCUGCAGUUGUUCAUGGGCAACUUGAGGCAUAAAUGCUUGCAGUGGCCUCCAGACAAUUUUACUCUGGAAACAAAUAUUACUUCAUACUUUAACAGCACAAUAGGUGAAAAUGGUACAUUUGUUAAUGUAACAGUGACUCCGUUUGACUGGAAGGACUACAUUGAUGAUGAACGUCAUUUUUACGUUCUGGAAGGGCAAAAUGAUGCUCUGCUUUGUGGAAAUGGCUCAGAUGCAGGUCAAUGUCCAGAAGGAUAUAUAUGUGUGAAAGCUGGUAGAAAUCCCAACUACGGCUACACAAGUUUUGACACAUUCAGCUGGGCAUUCUUGUCACUGUUUCGACUGAUGACUCAGGACUACUGGGAAAACCUUUAUCAGCUGACACUACGUGCUGCUGGCAAAACAUACAUGAUAUUUUUUGUUCUGGUGAUUUUCUUGGGCUCUUUCUAUCUGAUUAACUUGAUCCUGGCUGUUGUUGCCAUGGCCUAUGAAGAGCAGAAUCAAGCAAACAUGGAAGAAGCAGAACAGAAAGAGGCAGAAUUUCAGCAAAUGCUUGAACAGCUGAGAAAGCAACAAGAAGCAGCUCAGCAAGCAGCAGUAGCAACAGCCUCUGCUGGGUCAAGAGAUCCCAGUGCAGAAGGCGGAAUAGGGGGACUCUCAGAAAGUUCUUCUGACGCGUCAAAGUUGAGUUCAAAGAGUGCUAAAGAGAGGAGGAACAGAAGGAAGAAGAGAAAGCAGAAAGAACAAUAUGGAGGAGAGGAGAAGGAUGAAGAUGAAUUUCAAAAAUCUGAAUCAGAAGGCAGCAUCAGGAAGAAAACUUUCCGAUUUUCCAUUGAAGGGAACAGAUUGACAUAUGAAAAAAAGUAUUCGUCCCCCCACCAGUCUUUGCUGAGCAUUCGUGGCUCCUUGUUUUCCCCAAGGCGCAACAGCAAAACGAGUCUUUUCAGCUUCAGAGGUCGAGCAAGGGAUAUAGGAUCAGAAAAUGACUUUGCUGAUGAUGAACACAGCACUUUUGAAGAUAAUGAUAGCAGAAGAGAUUCUCUUUUUGUGCCACGCAGACAUGGUGAACGGCGCAACAGUAACAUUAGUCAGGCCAGUAGGUCAUCCAGGGUGCUGGCGGUGUUUCCAGCGAAUGGGAAGAUGCAUAGCACUGUAGAUUGCAAUGGAGUAGUUUCCCUGGUUGGUGGACCAUCUGUUCCUACGUCGCCUGUUGGACAACUUCUGCCAGAGGUGAUAAUAGAUAAACCAGCUACUGAUGACAAUGGCAUGACUACUGAAACAGAAACCAGAAAGAGAAGAUCCAGUUCCUUUCAUGUUUCUAUGGAUUUUCUGGAAGACCCUGCUCAAAGAGACAGAGCAAUGAGUAUAGCUAGCAUACUCACAAAUACUAUGGAAGAACUUGAAGAAUCAAGACAGAAAUGCCCACCAUGCUGGUACAAAUUUGCAAACAUUUUCUUGAUCUGGGACUGCAGUCCACGUUGGUUAAAAGUAAAGCAUAUUGUCAAUUUAGUUGUGAUGGACCCAUUUGUUGAUCUCGCUAUUACUAUUUGCAUUGUUUUAAAUACACUAUUUAUGGCCAUGGAACAUUAUCCAAUGACUGAAGAAUUCAAUAGUGUACUUUCUGUUGGAAACCUGGUCUUCACUGGGAUCUUCACAGCAGAAAUGUUUCUGAAGAUAAUUGCCAAGGAUCCUUAUUAUUAUUUCCAAGAAGGCUGGAAUAUUUUUGAUAGUUUUAUUGUAACACUUAGUUUGAUUGAACUUGGUCUUGCAGAUGUGGAAGGACUAUCAGUUCUCCGAUCAUUCAGAUUGUUACGAGUUUUCAAAUUGGCAAAAUCUUGGCCAACACUGAAUAUGCUGAUAAAGAUUAUUGGUAACUCAGUGGGGGCUUUGGGAAAUUUGACGUUGGUGCUGGCCAUCAUUGUCUUCAUUUUUGCUGUGGUUGGUAUGCAGUUGUUUGGUAAAAGCUACAAGGAAUGUGUCUGCAAGAUCUCCAAUGACUGUAUACUUCCACGCUGGCACAUGCAAGACUUCUUCCACUCUUUCUUGAUAGUAUUCCGAGUGUUGUGUGGAGAAUGGAUAGAGACUAUGUGGGACUGUAUGGAGGUUGCAGGCCAAGCUAUGUGCCUUACUGUCUUCAUGAUGGUCAUGGUGAUUGGAAAUCUAGUGGUUCUGAACCUAUUUUUGGCCUUGCUACUGAGCUCAUUUAGUGCAGACAACCUUGCUGCCACCGAUGAUGAUAAUGAAAUGAAUAAUCUCCAGAUUGCUGUAGCAAGAAUUGAGAAGGGAAUAGAUUAUGUGAAAAGAAAAGUACAUGAAUUUGUCCAAAAAUCCUUCGUUAAAAAACAAAAAGCUUUAAAUGAAAUCAAGCCACUUGAAGAACUAAACAAAAAAGACAGCUGCAUUUCUAAUCAUCUUACAGUGGAAAUAAACAAAGACCUUGAUUAUCUUAAAGAUGGCAAUGGAACUAGUGGCAUAGGCACAGGCAGCAGCGUGGAAAAAUAUAUCAUUGAUGAAAGUGAUUACAUGUCAUUCAUAAACAACCCAAGCCUCACUGUAACAGUACCGAUUGCUGUUGGAGAAUCAGAUUUUGAAAAUUUAAAUACAGAAGAGUUUAGCAGUGAGUCGGAUCUGGAAGAAAGCAAAGAGAAGCUAAAUUUGUCCAGCUCAUCUGAAGGUAGCACGGUUGAUAUUGGACAUCCUGAAGAAGAGCAACAUGAAGCUGAACCCGAAGAAGCUACUGAGCCAGAGGCCUGUUUUACAGAAGGCUGUGUACGAAGGUUCAAGUGCUGUCAAGUCAGCCUAGAAGAGGGGAGAGGAAAACAAUGGUGGAAUCUUAGGAAAACCUGCUUCAAGAUAGUUGAACACAACUGGUUUGAGACUUUCAUUGUCUUUAUGAUUCUCCUUAGUAGUGGUGCUCUGGCUUUUGAAGACAUAUAUAUAGAGCAGCGCAAGACUAUCAAGACCAUGCUGGAAUAUGCUGACAAGGUUUUCACUUACAUCUUCAUUCUGGAAAUGCUGCUCAAGUGGGUGGCAUAUGGCUAUCAAACAUACUUCACUAAUGCUUGGUGCUGGCUGGACUUCCUAAUUGUUGAUGUCUCCUUGGUUAGCUUAACAGCGAAUGCAUUAGGUUACUCGGAACUUGGUGCCAUUAAGUCCCUUAGGACACUAAGAGCUUUGAGACCUCUGAGAGCCUUGUCGCGAUUUGAAGGGAUGCGGGUGGUUGUGAAUGCCCUUUUAGGAGCAAUUCCAUCCAUCAUGAACGUGCUUCUCGUUUGUCUCAUAUUCUGGCUAAUUUUCAGCAUCAUGGGAGUAAAUCUGUUUGCUGGGAAGUUCUACUACUGUGUUAACACCACAUCUGAUGAAAGGUUUGAAGUCGACAGAAUCAACAAUUUUAGUCAGUGCGAGGAACUCAUAAAAAACAAUGAAACUGCCCGAUGGAAAAACGUGAAAGUAAACUUUGAUAAUGUAGGAUUUGGGUAUCUUUCUUUACUUCAAGUAGCUACAUUUAAAGGAUGGAUGGAUAUUAUGUAUGCAGCUGUUGAUUCAAGAGCUGUACUGGAUCAACCUGAAUAUGAAGGCAACCUAUACAUGUAUCUCUAUUUUGUCAUCUUUAUCAUUUUUGGAUCGUUUUUCACCCUGAAUUUGUUUAUUGGUGUUAUCAUUGAUAACUUCAACCAGCAAAAAAAGAAGUUUGGAGGUCAAGACAUCUUUAUGACAGAAGAACAGAAGAAAUACUACAAUGCAAUGAAAAAGCUGGGAUCCAAGAAACCACAAAAACCUAUACCUAGGCCAGGGAACAAAUUCCAAGGCAUGGUAUUUGAUUUUGUGACAAAACAAGUAUUUGAUAUCGGCAUCAUGAUUCUUAUCUGCCUUAACAUGGUCACCAUGAUGAUAGAAACAGAUGAUCAGAGUGACGAGAUGCAAAUUAUUUUACAGCGGAUUAACCUGGUGUUUAUUGUCCUUUUCACUGGAGAAUGUGUUCUGAAACUGAUUUCACUCCGUUAUUACUACUUCACCAUAGGCUGGAACAUUUUUGAUUUUGUGGUUGUCAUUCUCUCCAUAGUAGGUAUGUUUCUAGCAAAGGUGAUCGAAAAAUAUUUUGUGUCCCCCACCUUGUUCAGAGUUAUCCGACUCGCCAGAAUAGGUCGAAUCCUGCGUCUCAUUAAGGGAGCUAAAGGGAUCCGCACUCUGCUUUUUGCUUUGAUGAUGUCUCUUCCUGCUUUGUUUAACAUUGGUCUCCUGCUUUUCCUGGUCAUGUUUAUCUAUGCUAUAUUUGGAAUGUCCAACUUUGCCUAUGUUAAGAGGGAAGCUGGGAUUGAUGACAUGUUCAACUUUGAAACUUUUGGCAACAGCAUGAUCUGCCUAUUUCAGAUUACCACGUCAGCUGGUUGGGAUGGCUUGUUAGCACCAAUUCUUAACAGUGGAGAACCAGACUGUGAUCCUAAUAAACCUCACCCAGGAAGCUCUGUUAAAGGAGACUGUGGUAACCCUUCAGUUGGGAUUUUCUUUUUUGUCAGUUAUAUUAUCAUCUCAUUUCUAGUUGUAGUAAACAUGUAUAUUGCUGUUAUUUUGGAGAACUUCAGUGUUGCUACAGAAGAAAGUGCCGAGCCCUUGAGCGAGGACGAUUUUGAGAUGUUCUAUGAGGUUUGGGAAAAAUAUGAUCCAGAUGCAACCCAGUUCAUGGAAUUUGCAAAACUGUCUGAUUUUGCAGCUGCACUUGAUCCUCCUCUUCAUUUACCAAAACCAAACAAAGUUCAGCUUAUUGCAAUGGAUCUGCCCAUGGUGAGUGGUGACAGAAUUCACUGCCUUGACAUCUUGUUUGCUUUUACAAAGCGUGUUUUGGGGGAAAGUGGAGAGAUGGAUGCACUUCGAAUACAAAUGGAAGACCGGUUUAUGGCAUCCAAUCCCUCAAAAGCCUCCUAUGAACCAAUUACAACCACAUUAAAACGAAAACAAGAGGAGGCAUCUGCUGUCAUUAUUCAGCAUGCUUUCAGACGUUACCUUUUAAAACGAACAGUAAAACAGGCUUCAUUUGCAUACAACAAAAAUAAAAUCCAAGGAGGGAUUGGUCAAUGUAUCAAAGAUGAAAUUCUUAUUGACAAGUUAAAUGAAAAUUCAUUUACAGAGAAAACAGACAUGACCACCUCAACAGCAGUUUGUCCACCUUCCUAUGAUUGUGUAACAAAGCUAGUAAAAGAAAAACAUGAAAAGGAAGACAAAGAUGUCAGAAAGAAGGAAAAAUAAAAUGCAAGGAAACAAUUCUGUUUGUCUGAAAAGUUGUUUACAGCCUGUGAAGGUGAUGUGUUUGUGUCCACAGGACUCCUGUAGGAGGUCUAUGCCAAACAGACAGUUUUUAAAAAUAUACUGUAUACAUAAGGUCAGUGCCUAUAACAAGACAGUGACCCCUUGUCAG